CGCCUACCCCGCCCCAUGAUCCUUCCAGAACUCGCCGGCAGAUCCGCGCGGCUAGGUGUCCACUUCAGGAUCAUCUCACAGCACUGAAAUCACCAAUUUCAUAAGAAUUUGGGCACCGCAUUCCAUCUUCUAACAUGUCCGCGUUAGGGACUCUCGCCUUUGAUGAAUAUGGGCGGCCAUUCAUCAUCAUUAAAGACCAGGACACGAAAACUCGACUGUCGGGCCUGGACGCAUUGAAGUCUCACAUUAUGGCUGCAAAGGCUGUGGCUGGCACCCUGAGGACGUCAUUGGGUCCAAAUGGGCUUGACAAGAUGAUGGUGGAUAAGGAUGGGGAGGUGACAGUGACCAACGAUGGGGCCACCAUCCUCAGCAUGAUGGAUGUGGACCACCAGAUUGCCAAGCUCAUGGUGGAGCUCUCCAAGUCUCAAGACGAUGAGAUCGGCGAUGGAACAACGGGUGUUGUUGUCUUGGCCGGUGCUCUCCUGGAGCAGGCGGAGCAGCUUCUGGACAGAGGCCUCCACCCCAUCCGGAUCGCCGACGGUUACGACCGCGCCGCACAGAUCGCCAUCGCCCAGCUAGACAAGAUCAGCGACAGCUUCCCCGUAGACCCCAACAACACAGAGCCCCUCGUGCAGACAGCCAUGACCACGCUAGGCUCCAAAAUUAUUAACCGGUGUCACAGACAGAUGGCAGAAAUCGCCGUGAAUGCCAUCCUGACAGUGGCUGACAUGGAGAGGAAGGAUGUGGACUUCGAGCUGAUCAAGGUGGAGGGCAAGGUGGGCGGUAAGCUGGAGGACACGCAGCUCAUCAAGGGAGUCAUCGUGGACAAGGACUUCAGCCACCCGCAGAUGCCCAAGGUCUUGAAAGACGCAAAGAUUGCCAUCCUCACCUGCCCGUUCGAGCCCCCCAAGCCCAAGACCAAGCAUAAGCUUGACGUGACCUGCGUGGAGGACUACAAAGCUCUUCAGCAGUACGAGCACGAGAAGUUCCAGGAGAUGAUCAAUCAGAUCAAGACCACCGGGGCCAACCUUGCCAUCUGCCAGUGGGGCUUUGAUGACGAGGCCAACCAUUUGCUGCUGCAGAACGAGCUGCCUGCCGUGCGCUGGGUGGGCGGCCCCGAAAUCGAGCUGAUUGCCAUUGCCACUGGCGGUCGCAUCGUGCCACGUUUCUGUGAGCUGACCCCAGAGAAGCUGGGCGCAGCGGGCAUCGUCAAGGAGAUCUGCUUCGGCACCACCAAGGACAGGAUGCUGGUCAUCGAGGAGUGCAAGAACUCCAGAGCUGUUACAAUCUUCAUCCGUGGAGGAAACAAAAUGAUCAUCGAGGAGGCCAAGCGUGCUCUCCACGAUGCCGUGUGCGUCAUCCGUAACCUGGUACGAGAUAACCGCAUCGUCUACGGUGGUGGUGCCUCAGAAAUCGCCUGUGCUCUGGCUGUCAAUGAAGCAGCUGAUCAGUGCCCGUCUCUGGAGCAGUAUGCCAUGAGGGCGUUCGCUGAUGCCCUUGAAGUCAUUCCCAUGGCACUGGCAGAGAACAGCGGCCUCAACCCCAUCCAGACCAUGACAGAGGUCAGAGCCAAACAAGUCAAGGAAGGCAACUCCGCACUGGGCAUAGACUGCCUACACCUGGCCACUAAUGACAUGAAGCAGCAGCACGUAAUCGAGACGCUGAUUGGCAAGAAGCAGCAGAUCUCCCUGGCAACGCAGGUGGUGAAGAUGAUCCUGAAGAUCGAUGACAUCAGAAAUCCUGGCGAGCCUGAGGACUAAACACCCUUCUCACACACACACCACCGUCGUCUUAGUGUAUGACCCUGUGCACUUGUCUAGUGGGAAACGUGUCCAGUCUUUUCAGAGUGUUUAUUUAUCCUUUGAUACCAUUUGCUCUUGCUAUAACUGUAGAGGGACGGAAGUCAAUAAAGUCUCCAUCUGUGACAUGUCA